GGCGGGGAGCCGCGGCGAGUAUCGGCGCGGACCGAGGGGGAGACGGCGGGGGCGAGGCGGGCUAGCGGCGGGCGACAGGCGGCCGCGGGCCGGGCUGAGUCAGGAAGCGGCGGCUGGACUUACCCGGGAAGGGGAGAGCGAGAGCCCUCCGGGCCGGGCUGCGGAGCCGGAGAGCGCGGAGCCGGGCACCUCCGCCACCGGCAGCGACACAGAAGCUCGGCGCCCACCCCGCGCAGCCCGAGCCCGCCCCCGCCGGGAUGUCCCGGGGACCCAGGCAUCCAGCACGGUGACCGAGCGAGCCCGAGGAUGGGACGGCGCCCGCAGCUCCGGCUUGUCAAGGCCCUUCUCCUCCUGGGGCUGAACUCCAUCUCUGCCUCCCUCCAGGACCAGCAUUGCGAGAGCUUGUCUGUGGCCAGCAACAUCUCUGGACUGCAGUGCAAUGCUUCCGUGGACCUUAUUGGUACCUGCUGGCCCCAGAGUCCUGCAGGGCAGCUGGUAGUUCGACCUUGUCCCGCUUAUUUCUACGGCGUCCGCUACAAUACCACAAACAACGGCUACCGGGAGUGCCUGGCCAAUGGCACGUGGGCCGCCCGCGUGAACUACUCCGAGUGCCAAGAGAUCCUCAGUGAGGAGAAGAAGAGCAAGGUGCAUUACCACAUCGCUGUCAUCAUCAACUACCUGGGCCACUGCAUCUCCCUGGCGGCCCUCCUGGUGGCCUUUGUCCUCUUUCUGCGGCUCAGGAGCAUCCGGUGCCUGAGAAACAUCAUCCACUGGAACCUCAUCUCAGCCUUCAUCCUGCGCAAUGCCACGUGGUUCGUGGUCCAGCUCACCAUGAGCCCUGAAGUCCAUCAAAGCAACGUGGGCUGGUGCAGGCUGGUGACAGCCGCCUACAACUACUUCCACGUGACCAACUUCUUCUGGAUGUUCGGCGAGGGCUGCUACCUGCACACGGCCAUCGUGCUCACGUACUCCACGGACCGGCUGCGCAAGUGGAUGUUUAUCUGCAUUGGCUGGGGUGUGCCUUUCCCCAUCAUUGUGGCCUGGGCCAUUGGGAAGCUGUACUACGACAAUGAGAAGUGCUGGUUUGGCAAAAGGCCUGGGGUGUACACUGACUACAUCUACCAGGGCCCGAUGAUCUUGGUCCUGCUGAUCAAUUUCAUCUUCCUUUUCAACAUCGUCCGCAUCCUCAUGACCAAACUCCGGGCAUCCACCACCUCUGAGACCAUUCAGUACAGAAAGGCUGUGAAGGCCACUCUGGUGCUGCUCCCCCUCCUGGGCAUCACAUACAUGCUGUUCUUCGUGAACCCCGGGGAGGAUGAGGUCUCCAGGGUCGUCUUCAUCUACUUCAACUCCUUCCUGGAAUCUUUCCAGGGCUUCUUCGUGUCUGUGUUCUACUGCUUCCUCAACAGCGAGGUCCGCUCUGCCAUCCGGAAGAGGUGGCACCGCUGGCAGGACAAGCACUCAAUCCGCGCCCGCGUGGCUCGCGCCAUGUCCAUCCCCACCUCCCCCACCCGUGUCAGCUUUCACAGCAUCAAGCAGUCCACAGCAGUGUGAGCCAGAGGGCCACGGACCGGCCCCGAGAUCUACGGCUGGGGAGAUGGCCGCCAGGCUUAGCCGGCCACCCUGUCUGUGGAGGGGACCAGCUCCCUCCCACACCCUCUACCCCCAGGCUCAGCUGGCGCUGAGAGCCCGGGAGGCCCCUCCCCAACCCCCAGCUGAGCAGAAGUUCCAGGCCUUUGGCAGCAGUCAGGGCCACGAGAUGAGUGGAAAAUAGCCGAUAGGCCUGGGCUGGGCCCAGGGCCUCUGGCUUCUCUUUGCCCCCAUCCUGCCUGGAAAGUGGACUGGACAUGCAGCGUGGGAGCUGGACGGUGGGGAAUCCAAAGCUGCACACGAGCCCCUUCAGAGCACAAGAUGACAGCCCACUGGAGAGCCCAGGAUGUCCUCAGAGACUGUAGGGGCCCAUUCGCUGCCCCACAGGCAUCAUGGGAAACUCGCCACAGCAUCCAAGCCACCAUGAGGAUGCCUCCAGGCCUUAGCAGCACUGCAGCACUGGGAACCAAGGCUCUGUUGUCAGAAGCCCUGGAGACAUUGUUAGAAAUCAGAUGGCAUCUUCAGACAUCAGGCUGCGUAACCGAAAUCCUCCCAAACACCAGUCAUCUGACCCUGUGGCCCUGCCACCAGAAACGCCCUGCCUCGCUGCCUCACACCCCUGGAACUUUACUGCUGCCCACCCCACACAGGCUCCCCGUCCUUAGCCUCCUGCCCCAGGUGUCCCCCCUUUGUGAGAUGAUGGGGAUGUGGGAGGGUGACAGAAGCCAGUGUGUGCCCCCACCAAAGCCAGCCUCCCUUUGAAGGGGGCAGAGAAUGCCGGGGCCACCCAGCCCACUGGCUUCAGUGACCCAGCCUCUGGGACCCAACCCCUCUGCUGGCCAAAGGGGCCCUGUGGCCCUUGGAUGACCUCUGGGAUGGCAUCACUAGCUAAGCCAAAAUAGAACGGGUGGGGUGCUGGCCCCUCCCUGCCCUGAGUUCCCCAGAGCACCAGCCAGCUGGCCGCUUACACCCCAGGUAAGGAGCCAGCCACAUCCAGAGGGACUGGACAGCCAGAGCAGGACUUUGGGGGCUGGGUCUGAGAGAUGGGGGUGGCUGGUGUAAAUUAUAUUAUUUAGCUUUCAACCA